GCAGGUGCUUAGGUGCAGCCAGUGCAGUGAGAGGAGGGGACAGCAAGUCAGGCUGGCAAUGAAGGGACAUCUCUCCACUUUGGUGCUGUGGCUUCUUCUUCUCGCAGUUCAGGAUGUAGCAGGUGUGAAUGAUCUGAGACUGGCGGAUGGAGGCAGCCCCUGUGCUGGGAGAGUGGAGGUUAAACACCAGGAUCAGUGGGGGACGGUGUGUAGUGAUGACUGGGACAUGGCAGAUGCUGGAGUUGUUUGUAAGCAGUUGGGAUGUGGAUCUGCUAUCAGUGCCCAUGACAAAGCUCAUUUUGGAGCAGGAUCUGGACCAAUUUGGCUGGAUGAAGUUGCCUGUGAUGGUACCGAGUCUGUUCUCUGGCACUGCAGGAACGAGGGAUGGGGUCAGAGUAACUGCAAUCAUGGACAGGAUGCUGGAGUGACCUGUUCAGGACACAUUAAGCCCCGGCUGGUUGGAGGAGACAGUGCCUGCUCAGGUCGUGUGGAGAUAAUACAUGGAAACACAUGGACCACAAUCUGUGAUGCACACUUCGAUCUCAAAGUUGCCAGCGUUAUCUGUAGUGAACUUGAGUGUGGAAUAGCUGUAUCUGUCCCAGGAGGAGGUCACUUUGGAGAAGGACAAGGCGAGAUCUUGACUGAAGAAUUCCAGUGUGUGGGGAAUGAGUCUCUCCUGUUCUCCUGUUCCAGGAUAUCACAAGUGAAUCAGACGUGCUCACACAUAAAUGAUGCUGGUGUCAUAUGCUCACAGUACACAGGGUUCCGGCUGGUGAACGGCAGCACAGCAUGCUCAGGGAGGGUGGAGAUCCAGGUUCUUGGUGCCUGGGGAACCCUCUGUGACUCACACUGGGAUUUACCAGAUGCCAACGUUCUCUGCCAUCAGCUCGACUGCGGAUUCGCUGUAUCAGCUUCAGGAGAAGAAUAUUUUGGGAAAGGAACUGGCUUUGUCUGGACAGACACAUUUCACUGUAAAGGGACUGAAACCCAUUUGGGCCAUUGCUAUGUUACUACUCUGGGGGCCUCUCGGUGCUCACAUGACAAUGAUGCCAGUGUGGUUUGUUCAGGUCAUUCUGAAUCACUCAGACUGCUGAAUGGAGAGAGUCGGUGCGACGGGAGAGUUGAGAUUUCCCUCCAUGGUGUGUGGGGCAGAGUGCUGGAUGACCGAUGGGACAUGAACGAUGCCAGUGUGGUUUGCAGGCAGCUCCAGUGCGGAGUCGCUGAGAAAGCUUAUAAUCCCCCUAAGUUUGAGCAACAAACAGGUCCCGUGGGGCUGAGAAAUGUCCAGUGUGCAGGAAGUGAGACUCAUCUGACUCUCUGUGACAACUCCACAUCUGAGACAACCCAGGCAGGAAUUGCUGAGGACGUCGGUGUCAUUUGUUCAGGGAGCAGACAGAUCAGACUGGUGAAUGGGACAGGUCGCUGUGCCGGGAGAGUGGAGAUUUAUUACCAUGGCAGCUGGGGGACAGUCUGUGAUGAUUCCUGGGAUCUAUCAGACUCCAAUGUCAUUUGCAAACAACUGGGAUGUGGACAUGCCAUCAAUGCAACUGUCUCUGCUCAUUAUGGGCAAGGAUCCGGGCAGAUCUGGCUGGAUGAUGUGAACUGCUCUGGGAAUGAGUCCGAUCUCUGGGUGUGUCCUUCCAGGGGCUGGGGCCAGCACAACUGCAGACACAAAGAGGAUGCCGGAGUUCUCUGCUCAGAAUUCACAGAUCUGAGGCUGGUGAGCAACAGUGACUGUGCUGGGCGGUUGGAGGUUUUCUACAAUGGGACGUGGGGCAGUGUUUGCUCCAAUCAGAUGUCUGGAGUCACCCCAGCAAUUGUCUGCAAACAGCUGAACUGUGGGGAUGGAGGGCAGAUUGCAAGAGACUUUGAAUAUGGAGCGGGUUCUGGUCCCAUGUGGCUGGACCACGUUGCAUGCAGUGAGCAGCACAGCUCCCUCUGGCAGUGCCCGUCAGAGCCCUGGGAUCCAACGUCAUGUGAUAAUCGAGCAGAAGAGACCCAUAUUUCUUGCACUGAUCUGACAGAGAGGACAGAUUCUCCAAAUACUCCAGCUCCCCCACGACGCCCUCCGACUGACAGUGGGAGAGUCACGGUGCCCGUGGUCAUCUGCAUAAUCCUGGGGGCCCUGCUCUGCCUGGUCUUAAUCAUCCUGGGGGCUCAGGUACAAAGUGCCAAGGCACAGCACAGAGGCUUCAGAAGACCCUUGGAUCCCUUCUCUGAGGUCGUGUAUGAGGAGAUUGAUUAUAACAUGAUGAGAGAGAAGCAGGAGAUGUUCAGUCGCUCAGUCUCCUAUUCAGAUGACUCAGUGACGAAGCUGCAGUAUUACACUGGGGACAGUGAGGAGGAAAACAAUCCUGGAUCAGAAGAAGAGGGAGCUUCCCCAGGAGUGUCUCAGCUAGAUUACGAUAAUGUGGAGGAACCUGCCUUGAAUGACGUCCCCCAGACUCCAGAUGGCCGAGAUGCCCCUGCCCUGCCUGGAGAUGUCACAGGAGAUGGUUAUGAUGAUGCCAGAGAAGUGUCUGACUCUGAAAGUGACCCUGGUUUGGGGCAGAAUAAUGAGAAAGGCACUGGGGCGAAUGACAAGGAUUCACAGACAGGUUGGAGUCAGCACCAGCUAAGGAGUGAAGUUGUCUCUGGGAUGGAGAAGGAAACCCAGUCCCUGCCUCCUGGAGACACAGGUUAUGAUGAUGUGGGACAUGGUGACUCUGGGACAUCAAUAUCAUAACAAUUUGAUUGGACAAAAUAACCCCGUGAUGAUGUAAACACUUUGCCUCUUUCUCUCAGAAAUGAUGCCCAGAGAAAGUCCCUUCCUGGCUGACAGAGAACGCAGGUGUUUUUUAUAGGAUUUGUGUGAAGUUUCAGGAAAUACAGGAGUGAAUAGGGAAAAAACUUUCUUUGUAUAAGUUUCCAUUGUUUGGAGGGGAUGGAAGUGUCCUGCUUGUUUAUGCCUAUAAUUUCUUCAGCUUGACUGUGUGCCUUUUUCAUAUUAAAUCCUUCCUGAAAGUCUUAACCUUAGUGAAAGUUUUUCUUUCCAGAUUAAUUGUGCAGUUUCCAGGGCUCACCACAGGGAGAGGCUGAGAUUAAACAAACCAAGAGACAAGGG